CUUGAUUGACAGAAUACUGCCAUUGUCAUAGGGCGGAUCAGAGCGGAUGUUGCGUAGAGGUCUUAGCCGAUAUGGCAGGCUGUGUUUGCAUCCUGACGGUCUUACACUGUCUGCUAUUGGCGUUUGCCAAAGAUACUUGCAGCAGCCCCGCGUCUCCGGUGACACUUGAAGCGCCCAAGACAGUUCAACAAGGACAAGGCAGCUCCGCCUGGAGCUUUGUACCUGCCUCUCAGGACAUUGAAGUAGUGGUGACACCAUCGAACAGUUCAGAGGAUCCUGAUUUGAGGCUUUAUGCAGCGUCUGGAACUGCCUGCAAGCCAGUGCUCACCUCACAGGAGAUUGGUGGAGAGUACAUGAGAAUAGCUAGAGAGCUCACCAAAGAGUGGAAUGUUUCAAAAUACUAUUUGCACGUGAUGUGCAGAAGAGAGGUGGACUGCAAGUAUCACUUAGCCUUCUCAAAGGCUGAAGGAGAGUGGCAGGAGAUUGGCGAUGGGGAAGAAAGAUCUGGAGUUGCUUAUCAUGGAGUUCCGUCUCACUUUAAGUUUUCAUGCGGAGAGCCGUGCGCACGUGCUCUUGAUGCCGGCCAGUCAGACAGAGUGACGUUCAGUGCCUGGCCGCGCGAUGCGACAUCAACCAAGCAUUUGACUCUGUUAGUCAGGUUUGGGCAACCCCCAACCACCCAUGUGGAUGAGCAUCUGAACGCAACCAGAGGAUGGUUCAGUGGAGAGGUUGUUAAUGGCGGUAUCCAGCGGGGGGACUUCUUCAUCACCGUUUUGAAAAGGCAUGGCCUCUCUCCCCUUCCCUUUGUAGUGUCAGUGAAGCUGCCAAGUUCAGUUCAGCUUCUGAAGCUCGGCAAGCCAACAUUUGGAUCAGUCAAUCAGCACAGCAUGUCAUUCUACAAGUUCUUCGUGGACCAAGCGGACACUGAUAUCGAGGUGUACUUAACAAAGCUUGAUGGGGAUCCAGACUGCUCCCUAGCCCAUGAGGAGGUGAACCCUCGGCCAUCUCGUCUUGCUUUCCAAUGGCAUUCCGGGGCUCCAGGAGAUGAUGAAAUUACAGUACCGCCAGACGAUCCAAAGCGCAGACAACAUACAACCGGGUGGUUUCAUGUAGGUGUGCAGAGCUUUGAGGAUGCCACUUUUUCAAUUAUUGCCUUUGUAGAGAAGCACAUAAAUGCAUCCUCAGACAUCAACCAGGGCAAGGACGGCUAUGUGGUGCAAUGGACCGAGCUUUGGCUCGGGCUUCCGCAGGCCAUGGCUGCCCAACCUGGCCGACCAGCCAACUUCCUCUUUUACAGCCAGCUGGCAACCUCGAAACUGUUCGUGACAGUGGAGGCACUAGAGGGCGACAAGCCGGAUGCCUGCGUUCACAAAUGCGGAGCUGAUCCUCAUAGGUGUCCAUGGUUGCCAAUCUACCUUGGUGAGACCACGCGGGCAAAGGUUCCAGUCAAGGCGGUGAGCUUUUGCCGAGAAGGGGAGCUUCGUGGUCACAGCAGUGAUGAGCAGGUGGUCAUCAGCAAGCCCUGCACCAACUGUUGGUAUGCGAUACUGGUGACUACCGAGUCAAACCGGAGCAGAUUCAAAAUUCAGCUUGGAGCCGCCGGCAGAGCACACCCACUCGUUGACGGUGAAGCCUUCAAGGGCUCAGUUGAUGGUGGUGAUGCCUGUUCUUUGUUCGUCUACGACUUGUCCAGAUCUGUUGCGGAGACUCGAGCGAGAACCAAUGCCACACUACAGCUGUCUCUGACGAGAAUCUAUGGCAACCCAGUAUUCGACGUCAGGAAAGGCUCUGAGGACGGGCAGCUCCUGUUCAGCUCCAGUGCAUUUGGUGACGACUCCUGGAGUUUAGCGUUGGAUUCUGUGGGAAAAGUCACGCAGCUAUCCGAUACGUAUUACAUCAAUGUGUGUGCUUCUGGACGUCAGCAUGCGCAGUUUCGCAUCCAAGCCAGCUGGGACCAACCCUUGCCAAGUUUUGAUGGCGGAAAUGCACUGAAGUUAGGCUUUGGAAUGCUGCGAGAUGGAGAGGCGCAGUCAGGAAGCAUUUUUGCAGGCAAGCGCAACAUCUACCUAUUUGUACCUGCAACAGCAGAAGCCAAGCCAAGUAUUCGGGUUUCUAUCACCUCUAUGAGUGGUGAUUGCAGCCUGUUUAUUCUGGCUCCAAGAGAAGGAGACAACGCCAAGGAAAAAAUCAGAGAAUUCAUCAGCAACCCCAUUGCAACCGCAGACUGGAAAGAGGUCGAAAGAAGCCAGCCUACAAUCCUUAUUGCUCCUUCAGACGCCAAGUAUUUGCCGCCCACUGCAGCACUAUAUAUAAUUUUGGUGACAGCACCUGGGAAAGACACCGUUCAGUACGAAAUAACAGCAGCAGCUGGAGGACUAGAGGAGUUGCCAACAACAGGCCUUCCCAUCCGAGGACAAGUCAAAGCAAAGGAGUACCGCCGCUACAGACUUGUCGUGGCAGAGGCUGACGAGCAUGUGUCAGUCCAACUGGCUGCUGAUGUUGGAGAUUGCGACCUGUACGUUGGCAGGACAGCUGAUGUUUCUUCCAAUAAUUAUGAUUGGAGGUCAGAGGCGUUCGGCUCUGACUGGAUCUUCAUCAACGGCCUUGGAGAACUCAACCAGAAGCAUUGUGACAACAAGACCAUCAGCGAGAAGAACGAAUGCGUUUACUUUGUGGCUGUGAAGGGCGUGUCAACAGAGUCUGACUUUACACUGCAGGCAAUUGUUCCUUCUGCAAUGGUGCCGCUUCCCUUGCUGGAGACCCAGAUCGCGCUUUAG